GGUGCAACGUUUACAAGAAGGCUCCAUCCAAUAGGAUAUAGCCAUGUCAGUAUAUUGCUGAUGUAGAUUCCGACCAGCGCUCGACAUCGAUUGCUUUGACGUCGUGAAAUUUUGCAUAGUACUGCAGACCAACAAAAAAUCACUCACUUUCUAUCAAUAUUUCGACGCCUACAGCUAUUUCAACAUUCAAUUAGAACUGAAAAAAAAAGGGUAUUACUUUGAUCUGCAAAUUUUGAGCUCCGAUCCCCCUUUUUGUCAGAAUGGCGGCUCCUUUCUUUUCCGCACCUUUUCAACCCUUUGUCUAUCAGAGCCCACAAGACGCUGUGACUCCUUUUCAGAUUUUAGGUAGUGAAGCUCAGAUUGUUCAGAUAAUGUUGAAGCCACAGGAGAAGGUGGUUGCGAAGCCUGGUUCAAUGUGCUACAUGUCUGAAUUUAUCCAAAUGGAAAAUGUUUAUGCACCCGAAAAUGAAGCCGGAGUGUGGCAGUGGCUUUUUGGAAAGAGUGUGACAAGCAUAGUUCUACACAACACAGGUUCAACUGAUGGAUUUGUGGGAAUUGCUGCACCCACUCUAGCAAGAAUUCUCCCGAUUGAUUUGGCAAUAUUUGGCGGUCAAAUGUUAUGCCAGCCAGAUGCGUUUCUUUGCUCAAUUCAUGAUGUCAAAGUCAACAACAGCAUUGAUCAGAGGGCACGCAAUGUUCUUAAUAAUGUUGAGGGAUUCUUGAGGCAGAAAAUAUCUGGCCAAGGCCUUGCAUUUUUAGUUGGUGGUGGAUCUGUUGUACAGAAAAAUCUCGAAGUCGGUGAAUUACUUGCUGUUGAUGUGUCCAACAUUGUUGCAUUAUCAGCAUCAGUCAAUGUGCAAAUCAAAUAUAAUGGUCCCAUGAGAAGGGUGGUAUUUGGGGGAGACAAUCUAGUGACUGCUGUCCUAACUGGACCUGGUAUUGUCUUCAUCCAAAGUAUGGCCUUCCAUCGCCUUUCUCAGCGUGUUGCAAGGGCUGUUACGUCUCCAAAUAUGAGAGAGAAUCCGAAAUUCUUCCUUCAGAUAGCAAUCUUCUUAUUCAUAGCUUAUGUUAUCGUCUUGUCAUCACUAAUCUUGACCGAUCUAUGAUAUUAUUUUCACUGUUUUUUUUCCCUGUUUAAAGAAUGGAUAUAAUUAUUUUCCCUUUUUCGCAAUUUUCUUUAUUUCAAUAAAGACUUAUACUUGGAAUUAUAGAUA